UUGGAAGACGAGCAGGAGCAAGGAGGACAAGGAUCAACGAAGCUCAUAGCCGCGACGGUCCUGCAACUCCUGCUUCAUGCCCCGUCUCUCCACUCCAGCCACCUCCUCCGCCACAAGCAAUGCACACAGCGCCAAUCUCGAAGAACGACAAGGAGACAAGGGGAGAGGAGGAGCUACCAGGCCCAACAAAGAUGCAAGAUGGGAACUCGUCUCACCUUCAAUGGGCAACGGGGGCGGAGGAGCAAAUCCUACCAGCAGGCAGCAAACCACCCACGAAAUGUCAAUGGAUGCAGUCAAUUUGUGCUGAAACACAUCCUAGGAUACCGAGUGUUCAUGACGAAAGGUGCAGGGGAGGGGAGAAAGGGUAAGAGUGAUCUUCGCCUUGUGACGCUAGUACAUGCGGACCUUCUCCCUCGUCCCUCCCCCCUGCUCGGCCGCCGCGCUGACAUGUUGGAAGAGC